UCAACACGACUGACGUCAUCUGGACUUACAAUACCACUGCAGGGCCAAAUUUAAAAUGCAGAGUCGACAAAAAAUUGUUUAUGAAUGACUCACAGAUUGCUUUCGAAAGAUCUCAUCGCCGCAAGAGCGGGAACUGGACGCAUUGGGAUUUUCGAGGAAAUUUCACUCAUUGGCUCUUCUCCCAAAGAAAUCAGACUUAUAAUGCCAUGCUUGUAAGCCGCUUGGAAGACCCAAUGACAUAUUGGAAAACAGAAGAACUACUAGUGCACCAAGAUCCUGAUAACAAGUGUGGCGUGUUCAAAAUUGUCAAGAGAAAACUAGGUCUUAAUAUGAUUACAGUUGAACUUCGCAUAAGAAAUUCUUCGGUACAUGAAGGCCCCAGUCAAAACUGCACGGAUGUAUAUCUUAGCAGUAAACGGAAGAAGCAGGAAAGCUACGGCUUGUAUACUUCGGACUGCCAGAAAGUAGAGGAAGACCACCAACAUGAAUUUUGUUAAACGGGCAAUAAAUUGAG